AUGUCCAAAGCCUUGAUGGAAAAACUUUCGGAGUGGGUGGGCGAGGCGGGAACCGGCCGCGAAGCAAGUUUCCCCCCAUCCCCUCGGUCCGUUUUGCUCUGUCCGCCAUUAACGGCCCUGACGCGCUCUCGCUGCCUUCUUCCCCGCAGCCGCGUGUGCUCCAACCGCCACGGCCUCAUCCGCAAGUACGGGCUGAACAUGUGCCGGCAGUGCUUCCGGCAGUACGCAAAGGACAUCGGCUUCAUCAAGCUGGACUGAGCACCAGGAGGAUGAGCCCAGUGCCAGGGGUCCCUG